CUCAGCCGCAAGCGGCAAAGCUGUUCCCAUUCCGCCAAAGAGAAGGGUGCAAGGAGGAAGUUUCAAGAUGCGAUGGAUAACGAGGCCGCUGCUGCCACUCAUCGUGUGCUCAGCAGUUGUGUUGGCAGUCAGGCACUCAUCCAGAUCUGACUCGCACCUGGCACCCGAGGCAGAUGACGCAUCGCAGGCAAGCUUACUGAGCACGGACCGCUCGCAAUCAUUGAUUUUGCGUUUGCCUGCGGAUGGGAUGAGUCCUCUGCAGUUUCAAGGCAUGGGCGGCCUCUUUGACCACACGGAUGCAGGUGGGGUGGGAGGAAGCUGUGGUGGAUCCGAUCCCUGCUUGUCCUUCUCUCCACAUGUAUGUGGAUUGGUGUGGGCUGUGCUGCAGGGACGAGAGAGGGAGUGGGUCUGUGGGGCGCGUCGUCGCUCUGGCAGAUCUUCCAUCUCGCCGACGGCAACAGCAGCAGCAGCAACGGGACAGCACCGGUGGACACGGCUGCCAACGCCACUCGGAAGGAGGCGGAGAGGCCGCCCUCUGAGUAUGAGAUGGAGAACAUACUCGUGGUCAGUUCUCCAGACAGACAGAGAGACAGACAGACAGACACACACGACCCGGUGGUUGGUAUGUCUGUGUGUGUGUGUGUGUGUUUGUUGUCAGAUAGCGAAGAAGGCCGCAAUCCUCGGCGGCAAUACGUACGUCCGGCAUACAUGCACAUAAGACAGACAGACAGACAGGGCUGGCUGUCUGGCAUCUCCCUCCUCCUUGUUUUGUCAGGUUGACCAAGGCCCAGCGGGACCAUGCCAAUGUGGAGUACCACCAGAAGACCAAGUAAGUGAACGCGCAAACCGAAGCGGAUGACUGACUCACCGACCCAGUGACCGUUCCAUCACUCUUGGUCUUGGUGCGUGUGCGUGGGUGUUCUGCAGUCCUCAGGAUUUGGUCAGCGAGGUGGAUCGGCUGGUGCAGAGGAAGAUCAGAGGACUCAUCAAACGCAAGUAGGUGAGGGAGGGAGCGAGGGAGGGAGGGAGUGGCCUACCUGCAUGAUGGAAUGCACACGCACAGAGAGGGAUGGCGUGUGUGCUGUGUGUGUGAAUGCAGUUUCCCCAAGCACGCCUUCCUGGGUGAGGAGGAGGACUUCUCUGCCGCCGAGGGCAGCAGGGGUGCCCUCGAUCGAAGGGUGGGUAUCCAAAGUACCGACACACACGAACCACCCCACAUGACCGAACAUCCUCUGCCUGCCUGGCUGCCUGGCUGGCUGCAGCUGCACGAGCGGCUGUUGUGGGUCGUCGACCCUGUGGACGGGACGGUGCGCGAUGAUGCAGCGAACAUCUGAUCUGAUUGGUAGUGUGCCGCCGUCGUCUCUGUCUGGCACUUGAUUCAUUGCAGGUCAACUUCCUGCACGGCUUCCCCUACAGCGUGGUCUCAAUCGCUGUCAUUCACAAGUGAGUAAGACUCGCCCACCGGACCGGACCCACACACACAGACACACGCAACGCUCACUGCAGUCAGUCCCAUGGCUUACUUCGCGAUGUAUGUCGUGUGUUGUGUGUCUGGUGUGGUGUGGUGUCAGGGAGGAGCCGAUAGUGGGUGUGAUAUACGACCCUUCUCGGAUGGAGCUCUUCUGGGCGGUGAAAGGCAAGGGCACGUACAUCAACAACAGGAAGCAGCUGACUGUGAGUGCGAAGAGCAACUUCACCGAGAGCCUCCUGGCCUGCGGGCUGGGCACCACACCGCACCAGAGGGAACCCACUCUCAGGGCAAUGAUCGGCGUCGCUGGCGAAGCCCAGAGGUGCGGAAGCAACCCGUGAAGCAAGGCAGCGUGUCAAGCCCAGAGAUGAGUGGGUCGUUCUGUGGCCGUCAUCUCUCUGUGGUGUCUUGUGUUGUGGUGUGUUGUGUUGUGUUGUGUUGUGUUUCUGUCAGUGUGCGUUGCAUGGGCAGUGCGUCUCUGUCUCUGGCCUGGGUGGCGGCGGGGCGGCUCGACGGCUACUGGGAGCUCGACAUGGACGUCUGGGACUCGGCCGCCGGCAGCCUCAUGGUCACACACACACACUGAACAUCAACUCAACGACACACACACUGUUGGUUGAUGCCUGUGUUGUGUGCACGUCUGCAGGUGACUGAGGCGCAGGGGACAGUCACCGACACCAAGGGGAAGCCAUACGCUCUGAGAUCAAGGUGAUCGAAUGGGCGGCGAGCGAAAGACAGCAACACACCACCCCACCUCUCCCCUUUGUGUCUUCUUAUUGUACCUGUCUGUGUGGUGUCAGGAACGUGGCUGCGACGACGGGCGGUGUGAUCCACGACAGGCUGCUGCACCUGCUGCAGGAGACGGUGGCCACCGAGCCCGCCUUCGAUGUCACAUGAGCUGGACAGGCAGUGCAUGUGUGUACGGACGGAUCAGCAAUGGGCAAGCUGUGUGCAUCUGUGCUACGAAAUAGCCAGAGGGAGAGAUAAAGGGACAGACGAGAACAGACGGGCAGGUUAUGG